GACCACUAAUGACUUGAUCACCCUUCGACGGGCAUCCCUAUGCUAUUCAGAAUGUCUAUAAAGCAAGGUUUUCUCAGAGCCUCCUCAUCCCUCCUCGUAGUUCCUUUUGCCGCCCAACUCGCCCAUCAUGAAGACCGUUUUCACCCUCUUUACUUGCCUCGCCAGUCUCACCUCUGUCAUAUCCACGUCCUACCCGUGACUUGGACUCGACUACACCUCGCCUGUCUUGCUCCCUGGUUAUUUUCUUACCAAGCUUGCUGACGGUUUCAAGCACGCUCGUGACAUUGUCAUCGACAGCUGCGGUAACCUCAUCUUCGCCUCGCUCGGGGACGGUAUAAUUGCCUUGAAGCCUGA